UAUGAAUUCUCUUUCAAUUGUUUGUAUCGUCGCUUUGGCAUUGUUUGCCUGUGCUUCCUGUCAGGAAGGUCGAACUGGAGCAACUGGUGCAACAGGCUGGGGAAGAACGGGAGGAACGGGAGCAACUGGUCCAAUUGGUGUUGCUGGUAUGCCCGGUGCGCCCGGACCAGCCGGUCCACGCGGUCCACCCGGUCCACCCGGUCGAGGAGGAAAUGGCGGAUUUGGAGGUAAUGUGGACAGCAGUGGAAAACUCGACCAUGGAAAACUAACCUGUUUCUUGAGCUGUUUGAAUGAGAAAUGCGGCAUCCUAUAG